UCCUUUUUAUCCCCAUCAUGGGUCCAAUUCCGUGUUUGACUUGCUGGCUGACCUACAAGACUACCUUAGGCUGUGCCUCCUCUACACACCCCUGGCAGCAACAGGUUUCUGUAGAUGGGAUUUCUGGACAAAGAGAAUGGAGACCUCUGAUUUAUAGAAAAUGCACAGACGUACUGUGGUUGAUUUUAUUCUUUCUUUUUUGGGCUGGUUUGAUGUUUAUAACUGGCUAUGCUGUAACAGCCGGCGCUGCAGAAAGACUUGUAUUUGGGUAUGACAGCUAUGGGAACGUAUGUGGUAGGAAGAACACUCCUGUUGAAGGUGCGCCUCUUUCUGGACAGGAUAUGACAAAUAAAAAACAUGUGUUCUUUUUGAAUUCGUGCACUCUGGAAAUUAAACAACUUAAAAUCAAUUCAAUCGCCUUGUGUGUGUCUAGCUGUCCACAAGAGCAACUUAAUUCUCUGGAAGACAUCCAGCUUUUUGCAAAGAACAAUGGUUCUUGCCUUUGUGUUUAUAACUUGAACAUUUCUAGUUACACGCUAAAUCCGAAAGCAGCUGAGCUAUGUCCUACACUGCCAGUUCCACCAAGCAAAUCCUUCCCAUUGUUUAAUCGAUGUGUUCCACAAAACCCUGAGUGCUAUUCACAGUUUGCAUCUGUCUUGAUAAAUGGGGUUAAUGAAGCUGAUAUUUUUCAUCGUAUUCUGAGUGGAAUAAUGGCAGGAAGAGAUACUGUAAUAGGACUGAGUGUCCUUGCACUAGCCUUCUCUUUAAUAAUGGUUUUAACCUUCAGAUUCAUCACCACACUUUUGGUCCAUAUUUUCAUUACACUAGUUGUGUUUGGAUUGUUAUUUGUCUCAGGUAUUCUCUGGUGGCUGUACUAUGACUAUGCCAAUGACCCAAGCAUAGAACUGGAAACCCAAAAGGAAAAUGUAAAAUUUUUACUUGGAUUUGCCAUCAUUUCUACAGUGAUUACGAUAAUUCUACUUUCCCUCAUAUUUGUACUGAGGAAGAGGAUUCAGCUGACUGUACAGCUCUUUCAGAUUGCUAAUAAACUAAUUGGCAGGGUCCCUUUGCUACUGUUCCAGCCACUGUGGACCUUUUUAAUUCUCAUUUUCUUCUGGGUUUUCUGGGUUGCUGUGCUGCUUAGCUUAGGAACUGCAGGUAAUGCACAAGUCAUUUCAGGAGGACAAGUAGAAUAUAAAAUUUUGUCUGGCAUUCGCUACAUGUGGUGGUACCAUUUAAUUGGCCUUAUCUGGACUAGUGAAUUCAUCUUGGCUUGUCAGCAAAUGACAAUUGCUGGAGUAGUGGUUACGUGCUAUUUCAACAGAAAUAAGAGUAGCCUGCCACGACACUUGAUCCUCUCUUGCAUAUCAGUUCUUUUUUGCUAUCAUCAAGGAACAGUUGUAAAAGGCUCAUUUUUAAUCUCAGUAGUGAGAAUUCCAAGAAUUAUUUUUAUGUCCCUUUAUGAUGCCCUAAAAGAAAAGGAGGGUGCAUGUGCAAGAUGCAUGUUCAAAUGCUGUUUCUGCUGCUUCUGGUGCCUAGAAAGGUGCCUAAAAUACUUUAACCAGCAUGUAUACACGACAACUGCCAUAAAUGGGACAAAUUUUUGUACCUCGACAAAGGAUGCUCUAUCUAUAUUAGCAAAGAAUUCUGCUAGUAUAGCCUUCAUUAAUUUCUUUGGAGACUUCAUCAUUUUUCUAGGAAAGGUGUUUGUUGUAUGUUUUACAGUUUUUGGAGGUUUAAUGGCAUUUAACUACCAUCGUGAGUUCCAUGUAUGGGUAGUUCCUCUGUUGUUAGUUGCACUUUUUGCCUACCUGGUAGCCCACAGCUUUUUGUCGGUGUUUGAAGUGGUCAUGGAUGCCCUGUUUUUUUGUUUUGCUGUUGAUAUGGAAACAAAUGAUGGAUCUCCAGAGAAGCCAUACUUCAUGGAUCAACAAUUGCUGAGUUUUGUGAAUCAAAGCACCAAGCUAACAGAGGGGAGAAAAAACAGAAACCCAAAGACCCCACCAAACAGUGAAGAUGGUACAGAACUACAGCCUAUGGUGAGACAGGAACAAAGACAAAGCAGUGAGGACAUCAAAUAACUUGUCUCCCAGCUGAACUACAAGAAUGGCAAUAGAUUGUAAAUAUUAUUUUCUACUUUGUGAUUUCUUGCAGUAGCCAAAUUGUUGAGACCCAGUUCUUUCAUCACUUCAAACUAAUUAUUGCUACUGACACCAGAAGCACAUGAAUGGCUAGCAGUGAACUGUGCUGGAAUAAAGCAGGCAGAGCUGGCUUUUGUGCCAGCCACCCUUCCCACACCCAGCACAGAGAGGAUGAAGAGGUGCAGAUGAGGAAUAUGGGCAGGGUUCCACACAGCCACAUUGACCUUCCAUUGGCAUAAAGGCUCAGAAGUCCUUAAGUGUAAGUUAGUGUAGUGCUAGGUGGUUCUAACUCCCACUGGAACGGGUAUAGAUUUCCUGCUGUCAUGCACUGCGCAGUGCUCAGAUGCAGCAGAGAAUCUGGUACUUGUUUUUAAGUGGACAUGUUGUUUGAUUGUGCUUUCCACUGUUUUAAAAAUGAUGAGGUGAAAGAAAAGAGAAGCCCCUUCAAGAUGCGGUUUCAGACUUGGAAGAAGAGUAAGGGUGUCUUUACAGCACAAUAGUGAUAGAAAUGUAGCCGUGUUAGUUACAGUACAAUUAACUUAAGUUAUAAUUUCAGUGUUAGCCUUCUACUCCCAUCCCCACACACAAAUCUCUAGCUUGACUUAGGCCAUGUCUACAAUACAUAGUUUUGACAGCAUAAGGCAGCUUACAUCAACCUAACUAUCUAGGUGUGCACACUACAGUAUUCCUCCUGCCGCUUUAACUCGCCUGCUACAUGACAUAAUACAACCGCCUUGAUGAGAAAACCGCCUUGAUGAGAAAACCCCCUUGAUGAGAGCCACAGAGUAUAGGGCAGCAUAGAGCAACAAAGUAUCAGUAUCAGCAACACAGUAUUGCUGCAUCGCUUAUGGUCAUUGGUUCCCAAUCAGUGGCCUGUGCUCCCUGGGGUCCACGAGAGCUGCAGAGGGUCUGAGGAAGAUUUUUAAAAGUAAGGAUCAGGCCUUGUGCAGUGGGCCUAAUCCUUACUUGUCUUAUCCUUCCCACCAUGCCCCGGGCGCACAGAUGGGGAGUGGGGAAUGCAGCAGCAGCUGUGAAUGCCAGGAUGUAGCUUGCUUUUGAACCCAUUCUCAGGAAGCUAAGGGAGUGUGGAGAAAGUGCUUGCAGGCCAUGCAUGCCUUUCAUACCAGGCUGGUGUGAGAGGCAUGGAUGGGAUGCCAGCACUUUCCCCUCACUCCCUUAGCAUCUUGGUAAUGGGAUCAAAACCAAGCCACAACCUGGAGCGCACAGCUGCUACCUAUUUGCUCCUCUUUCCCCGCCCUCCCCCCGUGCUCCCGAAUUUCUGCCCUUGCCCCCACCCUCCUGAAAUUCCACCCUUGAGGAGCUGGCAGUUCCAGAGCUCCCUUUGGCACAAGAGCCUCCUGGCUCUGUGGCUGGACAGGAGAGGGAAAGGACAGGAGCUGAGGAAGCAGUAUAGGCAAACAGCAGCCAAUGGGACCUGAGUAGCUCCAUGCCCUACAGUCUGCACGUUUCUCAGCCUACGCUGAAGCUGAGAAGCUGCAACUAUCCUCUGGAGUCAGCUUAUGAACUGGUCAGUCAUUUCUUACAUUUUUUUUCUCUUUUUGGAAUACGUCACCCUGUUCUAACCAUUAAAAAACUAUUA